CUUUCCUUUUCCUUUAUUUAAAUGAACUCUAACACUUUAUCUAAGGACCACAGAAGCCAAACAAACAUCAUCAAUUUCUGUCUUUACUACAUUUUCCUUCCUACUUUCUUUACAAAGAAAGACAAUAAACUAGCCAUUUUAGCACCAAAAAAAAAUAAAAAAAAAUCAUGGAAGAUCAAGAACAAAGAAUCAACCUUGAAACUCGAGCCAAUUAUCAUCGUCACGAUUUCUUCUCUAACUCUGCUUGUAAUGUCUUGAAUUCUCCUUUAACCACGACAUCAUCAUCAUCAUCAUCAUCGUCGUUCUCCUCGAGCAAUGAGCUUACUCGAAAAGAUUACGACUCGAAGAAAAGCUCAAGGAAAGAUCAAGAACUCAUCCAAAUUUAUGAGAACGGUGAAGAGAAGAAGAAAAAUGAGGAUGAUAAUAAGCACCCAACUUAUAGAGGAGUACGUAAAAGGAGUUGGGGUAAAUGGGUGUCCGAAAUUCGAGAGCCAAGAAAAAAAUCAAGAAUAUGGUUAGGUACUUAUCCAACAGCUCAAAUGGCGGCUCGAGCUCAUGAUGUCGCGGCUUUAGCCAUCAAAGGUAACUCGGCUUACCUUAACUAUCCUCAUUUGGCUCAUCAACUCCCGCGUCCAGCUUCCGCUUCUCCUAAGGACAUCCAGACCGCGGCUGCAAAAGCCGCGGCCAUCACAUUUCCCGACAAAAAUGAAGAAAUUCGAGCCAAGCCGAGCCGAGUUGAAUUACGAAGUUGUCAUUCGUCAACCAAUUUAUUCUUGGAAAACACCCAAGAAGAAUUACCAAAUUCUUUGUCAAGAGAGGAUGAUGACACAUUUUUUGAUUUACCUGAUCUUUCCAUUGAUGUGGUGGAUCAAAAUGACCGUUAUUGGUGCACAAUGUCCACGUGGCAGCAGCUGGUUGGAGCUGACACUACUGGAUUCAGGCUCGAGGAGCCAUUCUUGUGGGAGUGCCCAGGAUAGAUAUUUACAUUUUUACAACAAAUCAAGAAAUUUAACUUUAACGGUUAUAAAUUUAAGUUAGUGGGCGCUUGGACAUAAGAAUUGUAAAAUUCCGAAAAAAAAAAAAAAGAAUUUAUCAAGUGAAAUGAUAUUUGAAAA